CCGCGCACGUCGCAGCGCAGCGUAGCGUAGCGUACUAGCCGUCCGUGAGGCAGGGAAGCGAGUGCCGCGAACCGCGAGUGUCGGUGAGUGGGGCCGUGUGCGUGUGAGUGUGAGUGCGACUGUGCCUCGACCGGAGCCGCGCCCUCGAGCAGCCGAGCCGAUCAGCUGGUCCGCCGUGCAGCGCCUAGCGGACAUCCUGAGGCCGUCGGCCGGCUCCUACCGCGUCUGCACGACGGCGUCGGAAGCUCCGCCUCCCCCCAAGGAGGCAGCACCAUCGGCGCCGGCGCCCGCCAUGGAAGUGGCCGCCGAGCCGGAGGCGGAUGGUGGCGGGGGCGGCGGAGGCGGCGGAGGCGGUGGGGACAGUGGGGGUGGCGAGGGCGUGUGCCGCACCGUGGACAAGCCGCGAGAUCCGGACCGCUCCAGGGAUCUGUUCGGCGUCCAGCUGGAGGUGACGAGCCUUCUGCUGGAGGCGGAGCGGCGGAAGCUGUGGGUGCUGCAGAGGGAGCUGCAGACGGCGCUGGCCGAGGGAGGAUCCAUCAAGGCCAAGGAGCACCAGCGGCAGGAGCUGCUGCUCGCCAUCUCGCGCAUCCAGGCGCAGCACGACCACCUGGAGAAGGAGUACGAGCAGCACGCCAUCGGGGUCCUGCGCUGCUCCAACACCAGGGGCUCCGGCAAGAGCAACCGCAGCCAGCCAGCCAUCGGGCUGAAGCAGACGCCCAAGGCGCGGCCCACCAUCUUCGGCACCGUCGCCUCGGACCAGACGCCAAAGGACGGCUCCAGCAGAAGGGUGAGUGUCGCCGCUUGCCACCGCAACGUGCUGCUCUUCCUUUGUUUGCGACUCAUUCGGCUUUAACAAGGUAAG